CCAUUACCUGCGAGAAUUAAUCUCUAAUCAUGGUGAUUAAUCACCAUUUAUUCCAGCCAAUAAGUACCCAAAUAAUGAGGAUUUAAUCACCAUUACCCUCAAAUCCUCGGCAAAUCAACUUUUGUCUCACCACUCACAGUCUGCAAACUCUAGUAAAGUAACAAAUUGAGAAAAGAGAGCCGAGAGAAAAAGUAGAGGAACUGCUGUCUUUUGUCUCAAUCGCAUACAAGCCCAAGGUAAUUUAUUUUCACAAAUUCUUAGCACAAACUCCUCAGUUUCAUUCCAGUUUCGAACACCCGCUAUGGUUAAUCGGAAAAUACGAAAGAACAUAAGAGAACUUAUCUUGCGGGGUGAAUCGGGGGCUGUCGAACAGUGAAUCAGGGUUGUCCGGAUGAUAACUGAACAGCAGUGAAGGCGGACAACAGCAGCGGCGGUGGCUGGCGAGGGACAGCAGCGGCGGCUGUGUCACCUCCGCUCCUACAGCGAUGACGGACGACGGCGAGCCAAUAGAAUUUCCGGCGACCGAUUAUAAGCGACGGGUGUAGGGCUCUUCAAUUUGGGGAUUUACUCCAAGUUGGGGAUGCAAUUCGGUCGGGAUGUUGAUACCGCCGAUGGUGGUGACAGAACGGGGAGGGUUCUCUGGCGUGAGCUUGAGGGAGGCGACGAAUUUGGGAGAGAACUCAAAAUCUCCGGUGUACUUUUGACAGUGGGAGCCCAGCACGGUGGUGUUGGCGGCGAGGGAGGGUGUUAACCCAUGUAGGAUAAAAGGGGCUCAGUUAGUAAUCAAGGAAUGGAGGGCCCGUAGGCCAAUAUUUGUUAGCACUAAUAGCCGUUUGAUAGGCAAUACUUAUUCUUUUGUCAUUGUUUGAUACAUAUUGAAUAUAGAUUAUCGGUAUCCAAAAACAAAACUCAUAUCCCUUUUUUUUCCCUCCCUCUUUUUUUCCCUCUCCUUUUUCAUAGGGUAGCUGAAGUUGUCUAAAGGGUCUAUUUAUAAACAGAAUUAGGAAAGUUCUUGGGUAUUGGUGUUUGGAACUUGGAAGAUAAACGUACAAUGACUGAUUACCGUUGUGGCAAAGUAGUCAUGGAAUCUGUUCUCGCUGAUCAUGGAACUAGCAAUAUCCCUCGUCCCAAACAACCCAAAGGCGACAGGAGUAGGCGCAUGUGGAGCGACCGAGAGGAAGAGGUCCUACUUGUGGCCUUAAAGGAGCUUGUUGCACAUGGGUGGAAGUCCGACAACGGAUUUCGGGGUGGGUACCUUAAGAGGCUGGAAGACGCAAUGCGCAGGGAGUUCCCUACAACAGAUAUUAAGGGCACCUCCAACAUUUCAUCUAAGCUCUCUGCAUGGAAAAAAAACUACUCCACUCUGCAGACUAUACUUUCACUGAGUGGUGUCGGCUUCAAUCUCAAUGGAGACCAUAAAAUUGACUGUGAUGAUGAGCAAUGGGCUCACAUUGUGAAGGUUGAUGCUAAUGCAAAGCUUAUGCGAAACAAAUCGUGGCCAUAUUUGGAUACAUGGAAGGAAAUUUUUGGCAAGGACAGAGCCAAUGGGGCAGCUGCCGAGGACAUACUCGAUGCAAUAAAUGACAUGUGUUCACAAGAGAACCUCAUGGGGAUUGGUUCGAGCAACAACUAUAGCUCUGCCGAAUUCUUCCCGACCAGCCAAGUCCCUGAUGCUUCAUCACCCCAUGGGGAAUCUGACAGUGUUUUCAGUACUCCGCGUGCGACUCCCACUAACAAGGUUCAAAGCAAAAAACGAAAGGUAAUGUCUGAGCUGAAUGGCAUGGUGGAGAUGCUUGCAAAAAUGCACACUGCUACUAAUGAGCGUCUUGAGCUCUUAGCAUCUCGUAUUGGAUACGAAUUCGAUCUCACUAAGGCACGAAAGGAAGUGUUUGAUCUUGUUGGUGUUAUACCAGGGUUGACAAUUAGGCAACAAUUCAUGGCAUGUGGGUUCAUACUACACAAAGUGGAGCGUCUGGACUUCUUUAUGUCUCUGCCUGCUGCUGCAAAACAGGAGUAUGUGAUGAUGGCUUUGGAGGAUAACCCACCGAACUGAAUGUUGGAAUGUUGAACUACUUAGUAACUUUAUCUAUUUUGACGAAAGGGCUGCCUGUAUGACUUUAGAUCCCUCUUCAUGGAAGUUUAGCUCUUUUAAGCAUGUUGAGAAAGGUAUGGUGGUUUUUGUAAAAUGCUAUGUAAAUAUUAUGGUAUAUAUUGCAUCUAUGCUUUUGUGUA